AUGGCACCAAACCCCGCCCCGACAGCGAUCCCCAAACCCAAUGGGCCGAGCUCCAACCCCAAAGGACAAGAUAGUCAGAACCUCCACAAGAACAAAAUCCCACAGCCCAAACUGCGUCUCCAUGUCCAAGAGCUCCGGCACCCAGCUUCCGUAUCAUUCUUCACCCUCAUCCCAGAUGUAUCCUCAGCCCUCGACACAGCCCUCUGCAACAUCGUCCAAUACCUCUACACAGAACCGCAGAGAUCCAGCAAAGAUACAACGAAUGGAGAAGAAAAGAGAAAACUAUCUUUCGAAGCUUCCAUUCCCCCAACCCGAUCCGUAACGCUCUUUCUCCGGAAUUUCGGCGGCGUGGCUUACACAACGGGCACUGAGCUCGACGACGACCAUAAGGAGAUCCAUCUAUCACUGCAGUACAUUCAAUCAUGCACAUCUGGCCCAUCUGCCAAGGCCGAUCCACUUCAUGAGCUACUUGGGGUGCUGACGCAUGAGCUGGUGCAUUGUUACCAGCAUACCGCACCCAAAGCCGCUGGCAAUAUGCCUCGUCCGCCAGGCGGUUUGAUUGAGGGGAUUGCGGAUUUCGUACGGCUAAAGGCGGGUCUGGAGCCGCCGCAUUGGAAAAAACCGCAGUCUUCGGCAGACAGAGCGAAGGAUUGGGAUGCUGGGUAUCAGCAUACAGCGUACUUUUUGGCGUGGAUUGAGGAUGUUUUUGCCGGAGAGGGGGCUGUUGGCAUGCUUAAUGAUCGGCUGCUUAGAGUCGGUUAUCUGGGCGAGGGCAAAGAUGAGGAUAAAGUGAGCCCUGGAUUUUGGGAAGGUCUUUUUGAUGCACGAGUUGAGACUCUGUGGGAGAAGUAUGGCUUGUGGUUGGAUGGUCAUUUUCAAGAUGAGAAAGCUCGUGGAAAUUGGGAAGAGGAGAUCCUUAAUCCCGAGUCAUAG